UAUAUCUUCAUCAAGCUCUAAUUUUUUUCACAUUUGCAGUUAAUGACCCAUUUGUGAUGAAGGCAUGGGCCAAAACAUAUCCUGAGAACAAGGCCGUUAAGUUCCUUGCUGACGGAUCAGGAAAGUACACCCACGCUUUGGGCCUUGAGCUUGACCUUAGCGAGAAAGGACUUGGAACUCGCUCCAGGAGGUUUGCUCUCUUGGUUGAUGACUUGAAGGUGAAGGCUGCAAAUGUGGAAUCUGGUGGAGAAUUUACUGUCUCCAGUGCUGAUGAUAUAAUCAAGGCUCUUUAAACAUCGAAUUCCUUCUCGCCUGUGAGUCCAAUACUUAGUAGCUUUUGUGAUGUGUACAAGUUACUAUACACCAGUAGCCUUUGAAGAUUUUGUGUGUCUGGAAAAUCUUUUGCUUGAAACUGGGUGUCAUGGUAAUUGAAAUAAUGGAUGUGUUUCUUUCUAUUUACUUUCUUGGUGUUGAAUGAUGAGAAAUAUUGCUGGUGUUAUACUUGUAUCUUGCGUGCAUUUUAUAAAAAAUCAAAUAUCAUUUCAGAACA